UCCAGGCGACGAGGACGUGGUCACUGGAGUUACGCCUUGGCCUUGCAAACUCUCAGCUCUGCGUGAUGGGGAGGCAAUUGUCGGUACUCUGGGCGUGUGUGUGGGCGUGCGUGCUAGCGUGUGCGGGCGCUGUGAGAGUGGAGAACGGCGUGUACGAAGACCUGGUGGUGGCCUUGGACCCGACGAUUGAGAUGGACACUCUGGACCUGAUGACGCUCCAGCAGAACUUCCAGGCGAUGAUGAAGGACAUGUCAGACGCAAUGAUGACCGCGACCAAUGAUCGACUGUCCGUGGGAUCGGUGCGGGUGAUUAUCCCUCACUGGUGGCAGAACACGGAGGUCCUGACUCUGUUCCCCGCCGCUGAGGACUUCUCGUGGCACGCAGCUGACAUUCGUAUGGAAGUGCCCCCGGAGAAGGUGUUUGGCGGCUACGAGAGACACGCACCUCACACCAUGCAGAUGGGUCAGUGUGGCGUGCCGGGUCGCCACAUCACCGUCCACACCACCUUGCUGGAGAAUGGUUACUCGGAGGACAAUUACGGUUACAGAGGCCACGUCCUGAUGCACGAAUGGGCACACUACCGCUGGGGGGUCUUCGACGAGUACGGCCACCCAAAGGACCCCAAGUACCCGGUCAGUUACGAGGACGAGGUGGGAGCCAGAGAGGUCACCGCGUGCUAUGAGGGAGAGCUGAUCGGGGACUUCCUCACGUUGGCGAAGGGUGAGUGCCCAGGUGACCCCAAUGACAGCAAGAACCCGUGUUACUUCUUCCCCAACGCCAGCAUCACCGCCGCCGAGACCCUGUCCUCCCUCAUGGCCCACACGUCCCUCUCCGACGGCCGCUUCUGCACCAACGAGACGCACGACUCCUCGGCCCCGACACCUCAGAACUUCAUGUGUGGAGGGCGGUCCGUGUGGGCGGUGCUGGAGGCUCACCCGGACUUCCUGGAGCUGGGAGGCGCCACCACGAACUCGCCCACCGUCACCUUCCACAAAGCGCCCAUGAAGAGGGUCUUUAUCCUCUUCGACGAGCCGCCCGAGGACGUGAUCUAUCUGGUGAGGGAGGAUGUUGAGAUGUUCGUCAACGAAUUCACGGGUCUCUACGGAUCCGUCGAGCUCGGCCUGGCCACCUUUUCAUCGGCAGCGGACGGCACCGUGAACAUCUACAACGAGUUAGCCUUCACGCCGGUCUCAAACUAUUCUUCGAUCGAGGACUACGUGCCGAACUACGGGAUGACCACCGUCGAGAACAACAGCUCCGACACACAUCUGGGGCAGGCGUUGCUGGAGCUUCUGCCCGAGUGGGAGCCGUUCGAGCCCGGGACGCUGGUCGUGGCUCUCACCUACAACACGCUCUCAGAUAAUAACAUAAAAGAGGAACUCAUCACCGAGAUUCUUGAUGAUGGUGUCAAGCUGCUGGUGGUGAAUCCCUUGGGAGACUUGUUGGACAUUCUGCCGAUAAUCCCGGUCCUGCAAAACACCGGAGGCAACUUCUACGUCGAGGACUGGCACAACAGCAGUUCUUUGAUCCGAUUGCACGAAGACGUCAGCAAGUACCUCCAAAACCACACCUUCGACGAUCACAAACUGUACUCCGUUAGUAACCUGGAGGUGGAGCCCAACAGCGCUGGCCAACAAAGCUUCAACGAGAACAGGGGCUUGGUGAAACAGGUCAACGGCUACCUGCGGAUCACUUCCUCCAGCGACCCUCAACUCAUCGACAUAACCCUCAAGAUCCCCUACAUGUCGAAGUCCCUUUCCUGCGGUGACUUCGAUGCUGAGGUUAAGCUGCACUGCGAGUAUGCCCCCGAUGGUCUCUUCUUCUACUUCUACACCCCCACGAGUUACUGGACUCGCUUGGACUACCUCUUGAUGAUCAAUAACAAGGGGAGCGAGAAGGUGGCUGUGGAAAGCACGUUGAGUAUGGUGGAGGAUGACGCCCUUAAUCCACGUAUAUUUGUUGAGGUGUGGACGUCGGAGGAUAGGGGCGUGAAGGCUAACAUCGUGGAGGCUAACAGUCUUUACCUUUACUGCCAGGUGGCGCAUACCCUCGGCGUGGUGCAAUAUGUGGAGGUCACGGCGGAGGUGGAAUUCGACCAAGGUGGAACAACAUCGACUCAAGUGAUUACCUUGAGCGACGCAGGAGAUGGAGUGGUGGACGUGAGGGCGAAGGACACCGUGUGGUCGGGCAGGCUGGCGGGGAAGUGGUCACCCGGCACGACCAUGACCGUCACCACGCUCACCAUCAGCAACAAGGAGGAUGUCCGCUCGGCCGUCCAGCGCGAAACCUCCUCCAGAUCAGAUGGAGGCAGCAGCAGCGGCAGCAGUGUCCUCCCAAUAGACCCGCGAGACGCUGACUGUCUGAGUUACUCCACCGCGACCACUGUCAGCAAAAGUUACGACCUCAACCAAAUACUGCGACGGCCGUACAGCGUGACCUUCGCCUCUGACGUCACGAAUGUGCCUCCGAGCGUGGACGUGACCCUCGAACCCGCAGACCCUCCCUACAUCACGAACGACACCGUCAUAGUCACGAUCCUCUUGAGCGGGACGGAGACAGCAGCGAGGACGGCGAGGUCUUCCGUAGAGUACACCUACAGGGCCCGCUACCACCCGGACGCGGCAACACUGCAAAAUGACUUCGAUUCGGCUGAAACGCCGCUGGACGGAGCCGACGCGCCCUCUACCGCCACCAGCAUGACCGUGACGCUCCCCUACGACGAAUCCCAGGAUGUGUUCGUCGCGGUGGCGUUGGUCGACCCUAUAUCAGGCGUGACGGGCACGCCGUCAACUCCAAUACCAGUGGCGAUGACCCAGCUAACAACCACCACCACCACCACGACCACGACGACAACCACGACCCCAACAACGACCACCACGACCACCCCAACUACUACCACCACCACGACUACCACCACUCCUCCUUCCACCGUCUCUCCUUCACCCACCCCAACCCCCACCACUACCACCACCACCACCACCACCGCCCCCGCAGCCGAGGACGACAACAGCACGGUUAUCAUUGUCGUGUCUGUCGUUUGCGCCGUGGUUGCCGUGGGCGUCGCUGGGGGUCUCUUCUACUACUUCAAAUACUACAAGACGAGGACCGUGUGAUUGUGGUGGCUUCUUUUCUCCUCCUCCUCCUCUUCCUCCUCCUCCUAUUUCUCCAUCUCCAUCUUGUUCUUGUUCUUCUUGUUCCUCGUGUUCUUGUUCUGAGUGUUGUUGUUGUUGUUGUUGUUGUUGUAGCUUUCGUUGUUUUCUUGUUCUGCUUUUUCUUGUCUUAUUUUUUUCCAUUUUCUUUCUUUCGUUUUUCUUCUCGUUCGUUCGCCUUCUCUUUUUUUUUCUUUGUCUUGUUCGAUUUUCCGUUCUCAUUUUAUAUAGUUUUUUUGGCCUUUCCUCUUUCUUUUUCUUCUUCGUCUUCUUCUUCUUCUUAUCAUUAUUAUUCCUACUCUUAUUCCUGUUUUUAUUAUUAUUCUUAUUUUUUAUCAUUAUUAUUAUUAGCAUUGUUAUUAUUAGUGUGCCUCCCUCCGUCUCUCUACUACUGGCUGGACUAAUCUGUUCGGGCGGAGGCUUUUUUUGAGAGAAUAUAUACACUUUUUCGAGACCAGUUCCUGUACAUUACUCGAAUAGAAAAAUUAUAAGAAAACGUUUAUUAUAGGAUAGCAUUGAGGUGUGUGUGUGUGUGUGUGUGUGUGUGUGUGUGUGUGUGUGUGUGUGU